AUGCACCAACUUUCUAAAAUUGCAUCAUAUUAUUGGAAAGAAGAACCAGAAAACGUAAAGGCAUUUUACAGCAAGCUAUCUGAAGAUGCUAAAUCUUUAUAUAAGCUGGAAAAUCCAAUUCAAAUUUUAUUUGAUAAAAAUAUGAAUAAAGUUGAGGUUUUACAUAUAAUUAAUAAAGUUGACUCAAAUUAUGUCAAUUAUACCCAAGGCAAUGAGAAUCCUGUUGAAAAUAUGCAAAAUUCAACAAUUGGUUUUCCUAAUAGUAAUUUUUUCGAAGACCUGAAUUUAAUAAAUCAAAUUCCUAACAAUCAAGUGUAUAUUAAAAAGUUGGAAUGCGAAAACGUGCAAUUUUCAUCUUUGCAUAUUGAUUCAGAUUAUAUCCAAGUCUUUGAAGUUUCUGUUAAGGAUAUAAUCUUUACGUCGCUGAAUUUUUAUCUUCUCAUAGAAGAAGAUUAUUACAUUUGUAACUUUUUCGAUCGAGAGUAUGGGAUGGAUUAUAUUUUUACCAAUUUCAUAUCAGUUGAAAAUAACUUAAAAAAUGUUUCAACUUAUGGCAUAAAUUCAAAAUAUAUCAAUAAUGGAAUCGGAGAAGCUCUUUCCAUUGAAAAUAUGAAUAUGUAUCUUUUUAAAGAUCAAUGA